GCUCUUGAGACGCUUUUCAAACCAGAUUUAAUUUUUUGUUACAUUAUUCUGAUCGAAAUCAAACAUGCUAGAAAUAUACUUCUAGAACUAUUUGUUAUUUAAACUUUCACUGGCGUUUUGUUGAUUAUUAAAAGUAAUUCAAUUUUUUGUUCAUAAAAACCGAAAAAAGAAAAUUUUUAUUUAGUUUAUCCACCAAGUUUGAUGUCUUUAAGCAAUUAGACGGCUAUUAAAACAGUUUCUGAUAGCUUUAUAAAAGGUCCCCGUUGUUUAGAUAAACUAGGCAAUUAAAAUAAUGAGUCUGCCUCGUGCCCACGAACGCAAAACUACCGAAGAUAAGCCAAAAAUAAACAUUUUUUAUAAAGUUUGGGAACAAUAAUUGCAGUUUUUGAAAUAAUUAAUUCGGUUUGUAACUUAUUUGUUUAUUAUUUAUUCCAACAUGCUUCUGAAUCAACAAAGAAAAACGGCAAUGGCACGCUUUUACACUUUGGGCAAUGGAUACAUUUUACAAAUUUUGGCAGCCCUAAGUGCUUCUCUUUUGGAAAUUUCGGAUGGAAUGCAAUACGGUUGGUCCUCCCCUGUGAUUCCCAUCUUAGAAUCAAAGAAUUCUCCAGUCAAAAUCACUUCAGAGGACUCCACAUGGUUGGAAACUAUUUUCCUGCUAGCAGGACCUCUGGCGUUAGUCAUAACACCGGUUCUCGUGGACAAAAUCGGCCGCCACAAGACGAUUUUAAUCAUCUCUUGCCUUUCGAUAAUCGGAUGGAUUCUCAUCGGAGUCGGGACUCGUGUAGAAAUUUUAUACCUAGCCAGAUUUUUAUUUGGUACCGUAUCAGAUAUUAUUUUCACAACAGUAGCAAUGUAUACAUCGGAGAUCGCCGACAAAGAAAUUCGCGGCUUCUUAAACGGACUUAUGUACGUCUUCUUAUACUUGGGCUUCAUUCUGAUAUACUCUCUAGCGCCAUCAACUCCAUUUUACGUUCCUUCGGUAGUGGCAGCAGGAAUUUUACUGUUACAAAUACUCACAUUUAUUCCGAUGCCUGAAUCGCCCUAUUUUUUGAUGAAAAAACAACGUUACGAAAGUGCAAUGAAAUCGUUGAAGCGACUGCGAUCGAAAACCAACUGUGAGACGGAAUUUGAGAAAAUGAAAAACUGCAUGGAAGACAGUGAACACAAAAGUAACAUAAAAGAAGCCAUUUUCAAGAAAACCACUCUCAAGGCAUUUAUCUGUGCAACCAUACUGUUUGUGGCGCAACAUUUCUGCGGCUUAAGUGUUAUUUUAAUGAACUUGUACACGAUUCUCGAAAAAGCUGGCUCCAUAUAUCUCGAUUCAAACACGACAGAAAUAUUGUUUGCUUUGUUGAUGUUGGUUUCGAUGAUUACUCGAUUUACAACUCGCUGAAACCUCAAUACCCUUUUCAAAUUUGGGCAACCUUAAGUGCUUCGCUUCUUGUAAUCUCCGAUGGAAUGCAAUUCGGUUGGUCAUCUCCUGUGAUUCCCAUUUUAGAAUCAAAAACUUCUCCUAUAAAGAUCACGUCAGAAGACUCUACUUG